GUCGUCCCUCCCUUUGUGGUCCAGAUCUAUUAGCGUAUAGGGCUUGAAUGGGCGUCAAGUCUUCUGGGUUUUAUCACAGAGACACCUCUACUAAGACCGAAACCCUUCAAUCGAUUGAAGUCAUGUCAUCAGCCUAGCUUACGGAUGUCUAGCAGCUUGCUGCGGCCCGCGAACAGAUCCGUCAACUGCAGGAACAGUUGAACUAGACGCAACCGCUUCUUAGCGGAGCGUUUCCUAAAGAAGCUCCCUAGAACCGCUAGACCACGCUUCUACGGUCAAACUCAAAGACCCUGAUCCCCUUACGGACGGGGUAUUACCAUCCUUCGAUAAUUAGCGCAUCCAAAUCGAAGAUAAGUCUCUAAUUAACGCCCAAGCAUCUAGCACCCCGUUACCAGAAGCGCCUAGACCCAUUCACGACUACUAUGGGUAUGAUUAACUACCUCGCGGAAAUCCUUCAGAACCCGUUUGAAUCGAAAGACGCCCGCAUCGACUUCCGUAAGCUUUCUAUGAAGGAAGAUGAAACCUUCGCAGAGUUCUACACCCGUUUUCUACACCUUACGGGUAUAGGAAACAUCCCUACGGUCGACCUACAGCCAGACCUCUGCGAUAAGCUUACUCCAGCCUUGUAG